GAUAGAAAAAUUGUAUACAAGAUUAGCGAAUAUAGCUGUUUAUUAUCUGCUAUUCACCGAGCUAUUGAGAUGCUUGUAAUGAUAUCAACUAAAGUCAAUAUAGACAUUGUUUGCUUCCCUCCGAACUUUGGUGUUGUCGGUUUGUAGUAUAAACACACUUGUUACGUAGGAAAGUACAGUCAUUCUUGUUUGGCACGAGUCGUGUGGUGGACGUGAUAGAAGGAUGAAGGUAACAACAAUAUGUAUCGCUUUAUGUUUGAUGGUUCUCCACAUAGAAGGUAAAUGGAGACCAGAAUAUAAUGAAGAUAAAAUAGGAAAUAGACGUUACCGUGACGCAGCGAAUGAGAUUUCAACCCGUCGACCCCAUUAUAGGGUAGGAGACCCACCAGAUCACAACAAGGUGAUACCUAUGGCGAGAUACGUCAUGCAUAACACCGAUUGGGCAUCAAUAGCUACGAUAUCUAUAUUACCAGCCAUUCAAGGAUUCCCAUUCUCAAAUAUCAAGUCGAUCGUGGACGGUUCGCUUGCUAAUUCGACAGGUGUACCAUACUUCUAUAUGUCACCGCUGGAUUUUACCUCCCAAGAUUUAUCUAGAAACAACCGUGCCUCUGUUCUCGUGUCACUUGAACAAACGGACUAUUGCAUUAAAGAGAAAAUUGAUGCUGAAGAUCCGCGCUGCACCAGACUUAUGCUUACUGGGAAAAUGAAGAAGGUUCGAGAGGGUACUCCAGAAUAUACAUUUGCAAAGGCAGCCCUAUUCGAGAGACACCCGGCCAUGGCGGAUUUCCCAACGGAUCAUAAUUGGUUCGUCGCCAAGUUGAAGAUAGCUCAGAUCGCAAUGAUCGAUUGGUUCGGAGGAGCUAAAUACAUCCCAGUGAAGGAUUACUUGGCAUAUAACUACACAGGCACAGAAAUGAUCCAAAGAUACAACGAAUUAUACGGGAAACAUGAGUCUUAGUUGUAACAUGUUAUUUACUAAUCAAAACCAGAGAUAAUGUGUGAAUCAAAUCAAUGUAAAUCAUUUGUAUAGAUAUAAGUAUAUUACUAAUUACAAGUACGUAAAUAUACAAGUAUAAUUUUGUAUGUAUAAAUAUUUAUUAAAAAAUUUAAACUGAUAUUUUAAAAUAACAUAGGUAUUAUCUAUAAAGAUAGGUAAUACGAAAUGUGAUGUAGAAUUAAAGAAACAAUUAUUAUAAACAAUACAUUUUAUUUUUUAUGUCCACACUUAUUUAUAGCAUAAUACACCAUAGACCUUUAUAAAUUACGUUUAGGAAUAGCUAAUUACUUGGAUCUUGGAUAAUUAAUUAACUUAUACCAAAAACAACAACUAAAUCUUACUAUAUAGCACCAUAUUAAUUUCUAUAGUAUUGGCAUGAGAAUAUUAAUUUAACUCUAAACAGGUCUACAACAAUAAAAUAAAUAGAAUUACAAAUUAAGAUACCAAAGUAUCUAUUGGAAUUACCUUUAAACAAACUUAAAACAUCAGUUAAAUCAUAUUGAUUGAAAAAAGCCUAUUACUCACUAAAUUAUUACUUAAAUGACAAACGUGCAUGGCAAUAGUCGUUCAUGCACGGGAUUUUCAUUUGAAGUUAGACAUAGACACUAUAUCAGUAUAUAUAUAAAGUGAAUAAAGUUUAGGCUUUAAAAAGAAAUCAGUUAAUUUUUUGCUAGUUCUUCUCAAUUGAAUCUGUAUACUCAACUGAAUGGUAGGGAAAAAAUAGUAAUACAGAAAACUUGACGUUCCUAAGCGGCUAACAUGAAUCAAUGAUAUUUUAUUUGAUUUGAAACUAAAUAUUCAAUUAUUGAACAUGGCGAAUUGAUUCCACUUAUACUAUGGAUAACAUGACAUAAAGUCCAUUAAAUAUUACAGUAUUAAGGAUUAUUUUCUAUUAUGAGAACUGGUUCUAGCAUAUCAAGUUUCAGCCAUAUAAUUAUCGGGCCAUAAUAUAACAUUGAUUGUGAUCUCUAGAUACAUGGCGCAUAUCAGGUCUGUAAAUACUUAUUACCUAAUAAUAAUAGCUAUUUGUAAAUAUAAAGAUUUUUCCUUUGUGUCUUUCAAGACCGUUUUCAGAAAGAAUUACUUAUUGCCCUAAUCAUAAAACAUACAUAAAUGUCUAUAUUAAACCUGUUUUGUCUAUGCACUUACUAUUUUCGUAAUCGGCAAUAAACGGCUGUACGAAUCUUAAUAAAAGAUGGACAUAGGUUAUCUUAUUUUUCAAAAAGUAGACCAAGUAGACAGUAACAGUGAGUUUAAAAUAAUAUGACAAGAGAUUUUUUUAUAGUAUUUUGUUUUUAUGAAUAAAGUGUAAUAUAAAAACAAAAUUUACCGUAAAGAACUAUUUUAUUUACAAAUAAACUAACAUAUUCCCUUUUUUCUAAUAUGUAUAAUAUACUUAUAUAUCAUAUAUUUACACUAUCCAUUAUUUACAGUAUACUCCACAUAGGCACUACUACACUACUACUUUUACUACACUACAUAUUCUUUAUUACAUAUUGCACUCAGAGAAUACAGCAAUAAAAUAAUUUUGUGACAAUGUGAGAAAAUGUAGAUGUAAUUACCUCUAGAAGAGGUCUCUUCCACUCAACUUAAAACAGUGGCAUAGGUAGUAAUGAAUAAUAAUAAAUAGAGGUAGUUAGUGCCAAUAAUAAAUACAAAAUAAAUACUACAUAAAAAUAAUAAUUACAUAUUAUACAAAAAAUAAUCA